GUCGUUUAUAAAAUUUGGUGGAAGAAGGUUGUGUCAGCCUGUUCAAAAAUGAAAUUUAUUUACAUUUUGCACGUCUGGGUUCUGAGUUUGGUGAGUCUUUCUCAUCUGGGAACAGGGGCUCGGAUUCUCGCCGCAUUUUUCUGUCCAGCCAGAAGUCAUUUUAUGAUGACACAUGCAAUUAUCCGGGAGCUGGUGAAGCGUGGAAAUGAAGUGACCUUUAUAACGCCGGUCUCAAUGGGAAAAGAGGAGCUGGGCCCAAACUACAAGGAGAUAUUGUUUGCCCCAUAUGAUAGCUGGAAUGACAUAAGAGAAACCACCAAAAUAAGCAGUGCUAUGGAAUUGACAGACCUGCCUAUAUUUGACUUUUUUCGAAUGGUGUACACGAUGGGCAUCCACAGCACCGACUUUGCCUUCGAGCAGCCGGAGAUUCAGGCAGUGAUCAAUGAAAAGAACCAAAUCGGAAAGUACGACUUACUAAUCACAGAACAGUUCUUCAACGAGGGAGCUCUUAUCCUGGGCCACCUGUACCAGAUCCCCAUUGUAACCCUUUCAAUGUCAGGUUAUGCAAACUAUUUAAGUCAGCUGGUGGGCAUUGUGUCUCCCUGGUCGUAUGUUCCCCAUAAGUGGAUGGCCUACACCGAUCGCAUGACACUCUGGGAGCGUAUUGGCAACGCUUUUGUCAGCGGAUCUGAAGAUCUGUACCGAGAGUUUAAAUACUAUCCGAAACAGGACGCCAUCCUACGCAAACACUUUUCCAACCUAUUGGCUAGAGUUCCCACAAUCAAGGAGCUGGAAAGGAAUAUUUCGGCUAUUUUGCUGAACACCUACCUGCCGUUGGCCUCUCCCAGGCCCACGUCCUUCAACAUGAUUCAAGUAGGUGGUGUUCACAUUGAGUCUCCCAAAGAGUUGCCAAAGGAUCUGCAGGAGUUUCUAGACGAAGCUACCCAUGGAGCUAUUUACUUUAGUUUGGGUUCCCAAGUGAGAAGCGCCGAACUUCGUCCUGAAAAGUUAAAAAUAUUUCUUAAAGUGUUCGACAGCCUGAAGCAGCGAGUUCUAUGGAAGUUCGAGAAUGAGACUUUGCCAGAGCUGCCACCCAAUGUUAAGGUUCAAAGGUGGUUGCCACAGGGAGAUGUCCUGGCGCAUCCUAAUGUCAAAGUUUUCAUUGCUCAUGGAGGCCUUUUCGGCAUCCAAGAGGCAGUCUACCAUGGAGUUCCAGUGCUUGGCAUGCCGGUUUAUGGUGACCAGUCCUUGAAUCUUCAGAGAGGAAAGAGCUUAGGAUGUGCCCUUGUCCUAGACUACCGUCGGCUAUCAGAAGAUGAGCUUCGAUCAUCUCUUAUUGAGCUCUUGGAGAAUCCCCAAUACAGGUCCAAUAUGAAGGAGGCCUCUCGAGUUUAUCGGAACCGACCUCUUAGUGCCAUGGACACUGCCAUUUACUGGAUAGAAUAUGUAAUCACCCAUCGAGGAGCCCCCUAUUUGGUGGCUAAUGGAGUGCACCUACCUUGGUACCAAUUCUACUUGCUGGAUGUCAUUGGAGUGGUAUUUUUCAUUGCUUUUGUGACUAUAUUUGUUUUAACAUUCUUAUGUCGGAAAUCGCUUUCAUUGAAUUUGAUAAAGUCCAGGAAAAACUUAUCACAAAAAAAAUACAAAAAGAACUAAAUUUUUAAACGGUACUAGUAAAUAUAUAGUCAUAAUUCCGAAUAAUAAAAAAAAAUUGUGUAGGACAUGUUGACACAAUAAAGUAGACAAAUUAAAGCCCCCAGAA